AACACCAUUACACAAAAGCAGAAAUGCAGAUACAAAAGAACAACUGAAGGCACAUCCAUCUUAUUUUCGAAGCUUUAUUGCUUUACAGAAAACAAAUAAUUUAAACUUUUGGAUCCAUGUAAAUCUUCUUAUCUUUUUAUAAUCAAAUCAAUAUUCUCAUCCAGUAAAAAGAUCAUAAUGUUAUGUUGUAGAAUGCAGCUUUAAUGUUAUGUAAACAGCUUAAACUCAUCUAUCUAUCUAUCUCUAAUAGUAUUUUUAUAAAAUAUAUUUUUCAGAUUGGAAAAGUUUCGUGUUACCUGAAAAAAUAAAACUCCACUUAUUUGUACGAUACCAUUAUAUUCACCAUAUUUCCAUGCACGUAUUUUUGAUUUUAAAAUAUAAAAAUGAAUGUUCUCUCUCAGUAGAAUAGCCAUGAUAUGUUUAAAUCAAUUUCAACUCUUGAUAAAUCUCAGUUCCAUAGAAAAGGAUUUCGGCAGCAGUACCAACUAACAAUAAAUUCACACUGCAUUUAUUAUUAUGCGUAUAAAAUAAAAUUGGUAUCUGGGUUACAUAACAGUACACUGAAAAUAUUUCUUAACCACUCAUUCACUUUCACGUCUGCCCUGUAUGUCGCAAAAAUACAGUAUCGAUGAUGAGCUACGACUCGCGGUGAAGCUGCGCGCGGUUACCAGGACGACCGGAGAGGGCUGGACCAGCGACGGCACGUCUCCAUAGAGAGAAAAGGCGAGUGGGAUCUAGCCGAGGGUUGUGAGAGAAGGGGCGGUACAGGGGUGUGCAUCCAGGGGAUAGGUUGCUAUCGGCAAUUUCGCAGAGAUGGAGUUUCUGCAGAAUCAUCACGCGGUCAACACCUCGGAGUCGCCGUACACCCUCAGCACAGGUUCUGUGGGCAGCAUCGAGGCUACGAUACCACCCGGCUUCUGCUCUGGACCACUGGGCGUCCUCUCAGGCGACGAUACUCUGUCAAUAGAUCAUCAAACCGAGGAGGCGGCCGUUCUUGGAGCUGCUUUGCAAGGUACACUACGUCUGCAGGAUCUGCAGAGUUCUCCGGAUGACAUCACCGCCGAUCAGAAUCAACACUUGUCAACUUCCGGCCAGACUGUGAGCGAGUUUGGUGCCAGUUUUUGGGUUGAUGACAUGGCGGGCUUUCCUUUACCUCCGUUAGACCUGGACCCGCUGCCUUCCGGAUUAUUUAGUCCUUGCUCGGGAACCUAUAAUUGGGGCUGCUCGCGGGGAGAAUGCAUGCCAAGGGCGAGCAAUGGCACGAAUGGCGAGGGCGUCGCCGACGUUCUUUUAUCUUUAAAACAUGCUGUGGUGCAUCCCGGAAGCCCGACAGCUGGAUAUUACCCCACUGGAACCGGAACCACCGCGGGCCAUCACUAUUCGCAGGAUUAUGUGCAAAAUCUAGGCCCAUCAGUUCCAGGUCCAGGACACUACGCUUCCGCACCUGCCAUGUCUGUCAAUGUGUCGAUGAACAUGACCAUGAACAUGAAUAUGCACUCUGGGUACGAGCAGAAUUAUUCGUCGGCGUGGGGCGUGGAGCCGCUUCUAAGUCCCGCCCCUCAGUACAAUCCAGUGGAGGCUGCGGCGCAAACCGCGAGGGUGAAUCAGGGCGUGUCGACCAAUAGCGGCCUGAUCGGCCACCCACAUUCGCACCCCCAGCCGCACCACGCUGCCGGCCGUUUGCAGCUCGGAAGUGAACACGCGAUCUGCGUAAGUACCGUAGGCCCGACGCCCACGGGAACUAUCACCCCCGAAGACAAUGGCAGGCCCAAUCUCUGCAGGAUAUGCGGCAAGUCGUACGCCAGGCCCAGCACCCUCAAAACUCACUUACGCACUCACUCGGGGGAGAAGCCAUUCAGGUGUCCCGCGUGCUCGAAGGCGUUCAGUCAAGCUGCGAAUCUAACGGCACAUGCGAGAACGCAUUCUGGCGAGAAACCCUUCCGAUGUCCCGUAUGUGAUAGGAGAUUUUCGCAGAGUAGCUCGGUCACCACGCAUAUGAGGACGCACUCGGGAGAACGACCUUAUAGAUGUCGGUGUUGCAAAAAGGCGUUUUCCGACAGCUCGACACUUACCAAACACCUGCGAAUUCACUCCGGUGAGAAACCGUAUCAAUGUAAGUUAUGUCUGCUUAGAUUUAGUCAAAGCGGUAAUCUCAAUAGGCACAUGAGAGUUCACGGAGGUUCCCUGACGUGACACAAUUUAUCAGCAACAAUCGAGUCCGCAAUGAUAAUUGACAGCCAGGUGCCCAGGUGCUGCCGAAUACCUGUGAUUCAAUUAGGAACUAACUCGUCAGAAAAAUAAAACGCAGAAGCGAAAAGCGAAAUCCGGUAAAAGCGUAAUUCAUUUUAAAAAUUUUAAAUGCUGCUAUAAAAUUUAUUAAUUGAAAUAUAAUCACGUAUAUGCAUGAAAUGACUUUACAUGAAUUUUAAAGGGAACUACUGUAAAUCAGGAAUGUUUUCACGUGUCUGAAUGAUUCCACGUUUUGUCAUUUGUUUUAUUACGAAUGUGUAAAUACAAAUAUGUAUAAAUAUAAAUACAUACGCGUGAAUUUGAUUACCUAUGCUCUAAAUUUUAUUUUUUAGCCAUCAUAACGUAUUGGCAUAGUAUUUGCACUUAUUAAACAAAUUGCCUGGAUUAUUAAAAAAUAUAUCUUCCCUUCUUUCGAGAUUAAAAAUUUUAUUUUUCAAUACAGUUGCACUGGAAUAUUCCGCAUAUUGAGAGGUUUAAUCAAACAAAUGACAAAAACAGAAUUAGUCCGCUCAAAAACAUUUCCGAAUAUAUUCAUAAGAGCUCCUCAGGUGCCAUUUACUAAUGCAACACAAACACUGUUUAUAUGAUAAAUUAUUCAAACUCAAACUAUUCGUGAAUUAUUAAUCAUGAUUAAUAUAGCGAAUCGCUUUGUACGCUUUCAAUCGCUAAUUUAUAUUUGAUUGUACAUGAUGCUGCAAAUAUAUGUAUACAGAUCAGGGUGAAUCGGAAUAUGUGUCAGGAAUACAUGGCGUAUUAAACACAACAAAUCGAUUAUUGUACAAAUAUUGUAUUUAUUAUAAUAAUUAUUAAUUAUAAUAUUAAUGUUGCUCGUUUUAUCUCGACACCACCUUCUCUCUCAGUUAUUUAGUCUAUCGUCAUCAGGUGUGUUAAAUGCCCCUUCUUCCUUUUCGUGAGUGCGGUACAUUUCUUUUCGUUUUCUGCUUUCUCUUACAGUCGCAAUGAAUAAAGAUGUGUGGAUGUGGUGCUGCCGAUUUUUCUCUUGUCGAAAAACGCAAGGAAAACGCAAAAAGUGAAAAAAAGAAGAAACAAAUAUUACAGAAUAUCUUAAUUAUUCUAUCUACACAAGUAUAUCCGCACAACAAA